AUGUAUUGUUUUGGAAGUUUUGGAGCAAGUACUUGUCAUAAUUAGUGUCAAGAUUUUUGCCUUGAAAUUAGUUUUUGUAAAUGUAUCUCAGAGCGGGAUAGGAGGGUUUGUAAAGGCACAAAGAGGCCUAGUUAGAGUUGAAAGUGUUUUUGGAUUGCUAGAUGAGGAUGUAUAG